UAUUGCCAGUCAGUUGUGCACGCGACGACCGCGCCGCUAGUCGACUCAAGCCGCCCGCCACCGCGCGCUCGCUGCUCAUACGUCACGUGGCACGGAAUACAAAUACUUCACAACUUUCGCUGACCUAUCACAUAUCUCAUCCGAGUCCCUCUCUCCUUACUCUACCACGUCCAUUGCACCACCACAAUGUGACAACGUGAUACAAUCACCACUUUUGUUUACAAUCUAAUGCGUACAGUUCUACCAAAAAUGACUCACAGUGUUUCUAAAGUUUAAAGUGUUAUGCCUCCAUGGCACUGGUGAUCAAGACGUCGCAGUCGCUACUUGUGGAAUGCUAAACGCCGACGAAACUGAACACGGACGAUAUAAAUAGAACGCCCGAUUAACAUUCCAUGUAAUGGAAUAAAGGCUAUGAUUAUAAUUCAUGGCAAAAACCACUUGUGUUUAUGUGAACUCUAAAUAAAUCCGGCCAAAAUGAUUGCUGAGCGAAGAUUGCUGUGGUCUGUUAUGACCGGCGUUUUAUUAAUAGCUCCCAACACUGCAGCAGAUGUUCAACAAAUACAUGGGCCGGUCAUUAUUAACCCAUCUAAAAGCGAAAUAAUAUUACAAACUGGGCAAAACUUUACGCUAAUCUGCACGAGCAACCGUCAAGUACAAUUUAAGCAACAAGAAAUACCAGAAGAAAUAACGGGGAAUUUUUACACGGAGGAAAGAAAUGAGACGUCAGAAGACGGAUCAGAGUACAGGGCGUUCCUUGACCUGUACAAUGUUGACCAGUUCGCGGUUGGCUACUACGCCUGCUUCGAUGACACGGUUGACAGCGCCGAGCUACUGCGCGACGUUGUCGAGGAACCCAACAAUACCGCCCACGUAUCUUACAUAUACGUCUACGUCAACGGCUCGACAUUGUUUGCACCUAUGAGGUCGUUAGUUGUAGCAACAGGCGACUCAAAAUUUCUGGUCGAAUGUAAACCUACGUCACCUGAAAUUAAAGUCCAAUUAACCUUGGACUUUGCAGACAUUGAAUAUGACCGAUAUAAUCCUAAACUUGGGUUCACCAUCGAUAGCGAUGUACUGUCUGACUCUCUCACAAGCAUAUUCACAUGUGGCUUUGUGAAGCAAGGCAAUAUUGAAUACAAAGACGUUAUUGUACACAAACAUAUAAGAGCCAAUGCUCCUAAGCCCACUAUAUUUGGCGGAUUGCAGUACUUCCUCGAUGGGGAGACAUUUAUGAUAAAUUGUACUGUUCCGGUUCAGAGGAACAUUCCUGUGCAUCUAUCUUGGGUGAUUCCUGGAGACUGGUCGAAGGUAUCCAAUAAAUCGAAUGCUUACAACUGGACAGAGGACAACCCGAUCUUGUACAAUAACAUAACAAUAAAAAAUGCUGGUAGAGAGGACGCGGGCAACUACAUAUGUGUGUCUAAAACCAGUAACACGAAUUCCAGCAAUUUCUCGAAGUUAUAUUUGGAGGAGCCGAUGCUAAAUGUGAUCAAGAGGAAUAAAGAUGUCAUGGAAGUCAAAAACAUGAGAUCUAUUCGAUUAAAAAUUGACAUAGAUUCAUACCCGCCAGCUAACGUUACAGUAUACCGCGACGACGCUAUUCUGCCUGAUAUUCCGGAUAAGUACGAGUUAGAUUACGAUCGAGUACAUAAUUCUUUCACGCUUAAGAUAAAAAAGUUGGUAGCUGAAGACACUGGCAUAUACACGUUCCAUGUUACAAACCAGCAUAAGUCGAAAUCUGUCGCCUAUGACCUAAGAUAUCCAGAAUCUCCUAAAGUGGAUUUCGGUCCAGAAAUUGAUAAGAAAUACAUGAUUAAAACACAAGCGUCUUUAGUCUGCGAAGCUGUUGGAUAUCCAUUGCCUGAAAUAACUUGGGUAUUCUCUGACGGCACUGACUCAACAACGAUUAACAAGAAGUACCAACAUGAUGUGAUCAACAAGGCGUACAAAGUAACGUCCACGCUUACAUUAGAAGUGCGGUUAUCCGGUUACAUAACAUGUAACGCUGAGAAUGUAAAAGGAAAUGAUACUGCAACCCGAAGGUUCUUAGUGUACGAGAUGCCAAACGGCUUCGGUAUCAAAAAUGAAAACAAAUUGUGGUAUUCAGAAGGCGACAACGUCACGUUGGAAUGUUUAGCUUCUAAAUAUGAAUUCGCUAAUGUAACCUGGUAUGAUGAUAAAGGUUUCGAACUGACAAAUGUGCUCUGGUCGGAGAAUGAAUUUUCUAAGAUAGCAAGCUUGAUAUUGGACAACAUCAGCGUCUUACAGGCUAGGAGGUACACUUGUGAGGGUGCUAAGGAAGAUGGUACUCUGGAGAGUUACUCUGUGAAUGUUACGGUUGCAGAAAUCAAGCCACCUGUCAUAGUUGACACGGGCGAACGUACACAAGAUGUCGUUCCAUUCCAACCAGUAAAUAUGACUUGUGAAGCUGAUGCAGUUCCACCUCCAAAAAUUGAGUGGUACAAGGACCAAGUCCCACAAGAAGAUAAUGAGAAUGUUCAAAUAGAUACAUUCAACCUAAACCAAACAACACUGAAGUCAACGAUACGGAUCCCAUCAAUGCAGGAAGAGUUUGCCGGCACGUACGAAUGUAAAGUGAUAAGCCAAAACCAUAUCCGAAGCAAGUACCACAGUCUAGUGCUGAAAGAGAAAAUGACGCACAGGAAUACGUACCUGAGUGUAGCGGGAGUGAUAUUCUUUAUCCUUAUCCUCCUGGUGGUGUACUUGAUUUGGAAGAUAAGGAAGGAGAAGCAGUUCAGGAAGGAGUUGGCGGCCGCUGGUCUCCUGUACUUCAAAGAAGGAGUUACGAAGUCCAUCAACCCUGACUUGGGUAUUGACGAACAAGCCGAGCUGCUUCCAUAUGAUGAGAAGUUUGAGUUUCCCCCAGAGAGAUUGACUUUCGGCAAGCAGCUAGGCGCGGGCGCAUUUGGAGUAGUGUACAAGGCCGAGGCUCGGGGCAUCAUCAACGCCGAGGAAUCCACCACGGUCGCCGUCAAGAUGGUCAAGAAGACCGCAGACAACAUGUACAUUAAGGCUCUGGCUUCCGAACUCAAGAUCAUGGUGCAUCUUGGCAAGCACAUCAACAUCGUCAACCUGCUUGGUGCUUGCACUAAGAACGUUGGCAAACGUGAGCUGAUUGUGAUUGUCGAAUACUGCAAGUUUGGGAACAUCCACAACUACCUGCAGAAACAUCGGGAGGUGUUCAUCGACCAGCUGAACGAUAACUCUGAGAAAACUCUGGGCAAGGUCAACAGAGGUUACUCCAGCAGCAGCGGGAACAGUGGGUUGCACUCAGAUUACUUCGGGUCAAACCACACGCAAGACACUGAUCACACUUUCCUGAACACAGCUAAUACAAACCGAUCAGCUAGAAAAGAUAAUCCAAAUCAAACUAAGCAAGUGGAACUUGCGAAAGUAUCAGAGUCGGGGUACAUCCAGCCAGAAUGGCGAUCGAACUAUGAGAGCGACUAUAGCUUCGACGGCCGCUCCCCGCGCCCGCUGUGCUCGCGGGAUCUACUCGCCUGGGCCUUCCAGAUUGCCAGGGGAAUGGAGUACCUGGCCAGUAGGAAGGUGCUUCAUGGCGACUUGGCAGCCAGAAAUAUAUUAUUAGCAGAAGACAACAUAGUCAAGAUUUGUGACUUUGGCUUAGCAAGAAGUAUUUAUAAGAACGACGAAUACCAGAAGAAAGAAAAUAGUCCGUUACCAGUGAAGUGGCUGGCGAUAGAGUGCAUGACAGAUCGCAUCUUCUCGACGCAGUCGGACGUGUGGUCGUUCGGCAUCGUGUUAUGGGAACUGUUCUCACUAGCCAAGACACCCUACCCUAACAUUAGCCCACCUAGUCUUCUGCAAUGGUUAAGUGAGGGACACAGACUAGAGAAACCAGCGUAUGCUGACGAGCGAUUAUACGACGUGAUGAAACGUUGCUGGUCACAGAAGCCGACGGCGCGGCCGACCUUCACUCAGCUGCAAGAGCUCCUUGGGUCCUUCUUAGAGGACAACGUUCGGAAUCACUACGUGGACCUGAACGCGAUGUACGCAGACAUGAACGCAAAGCACGCUGGCGAGGAAGAUUACUUGGACAUGGUGAGCGCGCCAGACUACAAUAACCUGGUGACCCCCAGCCCGCACCACUAUGUCAACGACGCCAGAAGCUUCUUCCCGCCUACGCCUACGCAGCUGCCGCAUGACGACGAAGGCUACUUACAAAUGAGUCCUGCAUCACGACAAACAGUAUUCAAUCCACGCGCUCAGGGCACCAAAUUCGAUUUUGACGCUCGGAAAUUGACCCCUAGAGUAUCGGAGGCGAAUAGUUACGGGUCGGAGUCUACGCCGAUGUUGACCUUGAAUAACCUCCCAAGGAGCGGGUCGGAGUCGGACCAGGAGGGCAACUCCUCGCCGUACUUGAACAUGUGCCCGCGCAUCGACGAGGAAACUGAUGACGUGUUCGGCACCAAGGAGAACAACGCCAAGAACGUGCAGCCCAGCGCAGUGACCAACCCUACCUACAUCACCCUCUCAGUGGACAACGACAAGAAGCCGCAGAACUUCGCCAACACUUACAUCAACGUGAACGUACCGAAUGGUCUAGUCAAAUAAGGACAGUAAAGUAUUCGCUUGGAAGGCGCUAAUGAUCUCUAAAAUGCUUAUCAGUAGGAGUCAAUUUAUUACUGUCUCGCUAAGACUCGAUGUCGGUCGAAGCGCGAGCUUUAAAUUUUUCGUCACUGUCAACAGAAAAGUUUUCAAAACAAUGUUUUUUCAUUAUCCUUAUUUGGGAUUUAUACUCGUCUUUAGAAACUGAAAAAUGAAACUACUUAAUUGUUUAUAUAAAUUGAAAAGUACACUUUAUUUCACGUCUAAACGAAUGUUUGAAUGCAUCCAAUGAAUGAUCGAUGUACAAUUAGUUAUGUUCAAUCUUUACCCCACCAUUACUUUUAAUAGUAGGUAUUAUAAUUAGGUACAUUAUACGACAUGUAUUAUAACUAUGAUAUAUUUUUUUCCAAUCAUUCCUCAUUUUGUUUCUAAUGCUAACGUAUAAAUUAUAAAUGAAUAUAUUUUUCUACGCAUUUAUGAAUACAUAGACAUUUACCAAAAAUAAGUACAUUUCGACGGAAAAGAAUACAUAUUAUUUUGUUGUUAUGUUUAUUUUAGUGCAAACACAUGCAUGGGCGACUGAUUUGAUGUUGUUAUGAUGCAAUGUGAGAUGAGCUCGGACAUUUAGAAAGAUUUUAUUAAUUUUGCCUGAAGAUAUUCGAGUAAAUGUUUAGGUAAAAUAUUAUGUCUUGGGUUCUACUAAUUUGGAUAUAUCGUAGCAGUGGUAUGCAUGAGAUGUAAAUAUACAUGUGUGAUAGGCAUCGCCCGUGCCCGUGUUACUUUAAAGUUAACUUGAUAUUCAAGUUUGAUUAGUUUUUAUACCCUGUUUACAUUUAAGUUUACCAGUUAUUGCAAUUCAAAGUCUAUGAUAUGUUUCUAAAAAGGGUAAUGCGUCUAGUCUGAUUGAAUGCAAAAAUUAAAAACGAUUCUAAAUAAAUAUCUAAUAUGUCUGAAUCUAUUGAAUACUUACGUACAAUUCAUUUGAAUUCAUCAGUUUGAUGAACAAUGAGGUAGACAUGUAAGAUAUAUUUGAUUACCUUUUUAGUUUUUGAUCAAAUUAAUAUUUGUGUAGUUUGUACAAAAAGUAUAAAGGCCAUAUAAAAAUCGAAAUAAAUAUGAUAUUAUGAAAAA